UCAGUGUACCGCGGCCAGUUAUAAAUAAAGCUUUGGCAGACCGGCAGACCGCGUGUGGAUGAUAAUUCUGGAAGGAGCUGUCUCGUUGGAGUGGCACAACCUUCUGUAAAAUAGUGGUUUCAGUGUUCAGACCAACUAUUUUCUUCUACAACAAAGAUUAUCACCGAGUAACCCCUGACGACAUGGCAGAAAGCGACUGGGACACCGUAACUGUUUUGAGGAAGAAGGGGCCCACUGCUGCGCAGGCCAAGUCUAAACAGGCAGUCACUGCUGCUCAGAGACGCGGGGAAGAGCUCGAGACGAGCAAGAAAUGGUCUGCGGGGCAGAACAAACAGCAUCUUGUGACAAAAAAUACAGCCAAACUAGACAGAGAGACGGAGGAGCUACACCAUGACAGGGUUCCACUGGAGGUGGGCAAAGUCAUUCAGCAGGGCCGGCAGGAGAAAGGAUUAACCCAGAAAGACCUCGCUACUAAAAUUAAUGAAAAGCCUCAAGUUAUUGCUGAUUAUGAGACUGGGAAAGCAAUACCCAACAACCAGGUCAUGGGAAAAAUUGAGAGAGCAAUUGGGCGGAAGCUGCGAGGGAAAGACAUUGGCCAACCCCUGGAGCCUAAACCCGGUGCAAAAUGAAAACAAAGCCUCGAAAUCAGCCCUCCCCGACCCCACGUGAUAUCCAUGACUUGAACCUAAACUCUGUCAAAACUUCCCUCUGUGUUCCCCCCAAUUCCAUCCCUGGGCUGAUCUCACCUGCGUCUUGCCUGAGGACCAGGUGUUACACUGCAUCGCAGGCUUCUUACUAACAUGUCAUUUGAAACACUGACAACGUAAAUAAACACGAUUGAAUGCAGUUUUCAGCAUCACAAACUUGAAAAUCAGUACGUUUCUGUUCACCUUCGUCUAUUUGAGGCUUCGAUAAUGGGAAGUCGUUCAAAAGGUGAAUCUUUUUUUUUUCUUGUUCCUACAAGUUUAACAGACUUAAUAUCUGAGCAUGAUGCUAAACCAGAAGUGCUUGAUCGCAUAAUUUUUCUUUUACACUUUUAAGACAGUCGAUGGAUGUUAAAGUGUUUAUAAUGUUUUAAUGCUGUGCUUUGUUUUGAUUUAAAAUAAAGUUUGGCAAUUCGUUA